AUGGCUAGGGAGGACAUCCAGAUCAGCAUCCCGCAUGCUGUGUAUUGUGCUAAUGUUGCAGAGGAGGACCCAUAUCAGUUAUGUAUCUUUGAGCGGAGAUUACUGAGUUCAGCCCAGUUUUUAUUUCUGGGUCUUGUGGGUUACCCGGAACUAGUAGAUAUGGGGUUGGGUGCUGAGAAUGGUAAGGUGGUGGAGGCUUGGGAUGUGUGUAAAGCAAAGGGGAGGAAGAAGAAAGGGGAUGAUGAAGUGGAAGAGACUGGGUCUGGGUGUUGGCUUAAGCUGAGGUUCAUUGGGAGCUGCAUUUCGUCAAGAUCCAAGGUCGAUACCUCAGUCAGUGGCAGUGGCACCAGUACUCAUUACGCUGAAAGUAAAUCAACUAAUGAUACUAGUAGAGACCAACCAACGGCUCCAGCAGUCUCUUCUACAACCACUAGUAAUGCAGAAAGCAAUUCAUCCACUUCCAGACUUGAAGAAGAGCUUAAAAUUGCUUCCAGAUUGCGAAAGUUCUCUUUCAAUGACCUUAAGUUAGCCACCAGAAAUUUUCGGCCUGAGAGUUUUCUUGGUGAAGGUGGGUUUGGAUGUGUUUUCAAAGGGUGGAUUGAAGAAAAUGGAACUGCUCCAGUGAAACCUGGCACAGGGCUUACGGUUGCUGUAAAAACCCUCAACCAUGAUGGGCUACAGGGUCACAAAGAAUGGCUGGCUGAAGUAAAUUUUCUUGGCGACCUAGUUCAUCCGAACCUUGUUAAACUUGUAGGUUAUUGCAUUGAAGAUGAUCAAAGGUUGCUAGUGUAUGAGUUCAUGCCUCGGGGUAGCCUAGAGAAUCACUUGUUUAGGAGAUCCCUGCCUCUUCCAUGGUCCAUUAGAAUGAAAAUUGCCCUGGGAGCUGCUAAGGGUCUUGCUUUUCUUCAUGAAGAAGCUGAUCGACCAGUAAUAUAUAGGGAUUUCAAAACUUCAAAUAUACUUUUAGAUGCAGAGUACAAUGCCAAGCUCUCAGACUUUGGUCUUGCCAAAGAUGGUCCAGAAGGUGAUAAAACCCAUGUAUCUACUCGAGUGAUGGGAACCUAUGGCUAUGCCGCACCAGAAUAUGUGAUGACAGGCCAUCUUACAUCAAAAAGUGAUGUGUACAGUUUCGGAGUGGUACUACUUGAGAUGUUGUCUGGCAGAAGAUCCAUGGACAAACAAAGACCCAAUGGUGAGCAUAACCUUGUGGAAUGGGCUCGGCCGCAUCUAGUAGAGAGGAGAAAGUUCUACAAAUUGUUAGACCCUCGCUUGGAUGGCCACUAUUCGGUGAAAGGAGCUCAGAAAGCUGCUCAACUGGCUGCUCACUGCCUUAGUAGAGAUCCAAAGGCCAGGCCUCUAAUGAGUGAAGUUGUAGAAGCUUUAAAGCCUUUGCCAAACCUCAAGGACAUGGCAAGCUCUUCAUAUUAUUUCCAGGCAAUGCAAGCUGACCGCAUUGGAGCGAGCCCCAACACAAGAAAUGGGCGAACACAAGGAGCAUUGCUCACCCGCAAUGGACACCAACAAAGGAGUCUUUCUAUACCAAAUGAUGUACCUUCUGUCAAAGCAUUUGUUCAUGGAGUUCUUGAGGGCAAAAGAAGCAUGUUGCUUUAUGAUGUUAUGUUAUGGCUUUAG